UAUCCCUUAUAAUCGUUACACAAAAUUUUCAUCAUCAUCGUCGUUAAUCAAAAGCCCUAAAUUUCCGUUGGUUAUGUGCCUCCUCUCAUCUCACCAGUUCAUCAGUUACCCUUCUCCUCAGCCCAUCUCCUCAGUUCAUCGGUUACGCUGUCCCACCAUCUUAAAGAUGAGUAUUAUUGCCCUAAUCAUCAACAUCAUGCCUCCGCCAUCAUCUCCUCAGUUCUCAGAAUUUGGACGUCGGUUAGGAUCAGGAAGGAAUUUCAUUGAAGAAGUUUCAAGCGAUGAGGGUUUCAAUAUUCGAGCAGCUGUUGUAGCGAGUUUAGAAAUAUUUGGUGUCCCACUUGAGAUUAUCGUACAACGUCAACAGUCAACUAGGCCUGUUCCUCAAGUCUUGGUACGAUGUGCAGAUCAUUUAAUAAUAUCAGACUGGAAUGCACAGUUGCCAGAUGAUGUAAGCGCAAUUGAUGUGGCAACAUUGAUAAAAUGCUAUCUUGCUAGCCUUCCUGAGCCACCGACCACUUUUGCACUUUAUGAUGAAAUUAGAGAUGCCAGAAGCAGUAUUCAAGACAUGUGAAAUGUUCUGAAGAAGCUUCCAAAUGCAAAUUACAUGAGUCAUGACACUGGAAUUUGUUACUGCUCUGUUGCUUCGGGUGAGCCAAAAGGCAUCUGUAAACAAGAGAUUUUGACUGCAUCAGAGAAGUAAAUUGUUUAUAAUACGUGUGCUUCACUAUGGCGAUAUUUCAUAGAGAGGAUAUAGUGCACGCCCUUUGCCUAAUUGAAGGCUUGUAUCUCAAUUUGCUAGAUUGAGAAAGCAAGAAUUUCCUCUCCCUUGCACUUGGCAAUACAGUUCACUUGUGGCAUGGAGCAGAUGAAUCUGUAACAAAGAUGGUGACAGUGGAACAAGGUGUAGGGCCUGUGGACGACAUUAGCUGGCUGCCUGAUGGACGACAUAUUGCAGUUGGAUUCGAUUCUUGUCAUGAUCAGUUGUGAGAUUCAAGCUAUAAUCGCUUGUUAAGGAAUACGCGAGGAGUGCACAAUUUUAGAGUCGGGUCUCUUUGUUGGAGCAAUAGUAAUAUCUUAACAUUUGGUUGAAAGUAUGGGAAGACUAUCAAUUAUGAUAUGAGAAUGAGACCACAUGUCAUCUGAAUGUAUAGAGGUCGUGAAGGGAAAGUCUAUGGUCUCAAAUGGUCGAGCUAAAUGCAACAACUUGCUAGCUGAGUUAAUGAAAGCUUUAUCUACAUCUGGAACUUCUCCAUGGCCUCUCACAAUCCUCAAACUCAGAGCCAGUGGCUGCAUUGGUUUGGAUACCAAACUUCAGCUAUCAUUGGUUUGAAUACCAAACUUCAGCUAUCAGGACCCUCACUUGGAUUCGUGCUGUUAGCUAUGUUGCCAAUUUGUCAUAUCCAUCACUUCACCAGAUUUUCAUUAAAUAUGUUCCAUAUGUGAGAUCCUAUAGACCCUGUUUAUCAUUAUAGCUGCCAUCUCUUUAGUUAUUUGACAUUGAAUAUGGUGUGGCUCCUCAUUCUCACACAAUCGGCAAGAAGUUUUUAUCAGCAUUACUUCCAUCCAAUCACAUUAUAUUGUGACCACCGAGCUCAGCAUGAACAAUUCGAGGAUUAAUGUUAGGUUAGGUAGUGUAUUGCCUUAGUACUGUAUGCCUCAAUUUACGUGUGUCACCGGCUUGUCAAAGUUAAUGCAUUAAAUGGUUAUCAGUUGUGAUUAGACUUGCGAGCAAGAGGUCAAAUCUUGUCAGUGGUGUCUCAUCUUUUGUAUGAAAGCGUCCAAUGAUAAAGAAAGAUAUUUAUAAUA